UAGUUUUAUUGCAUUUGCUUCUACAUAGUUAAUUAAAGAAUCAUAGUUUAUAUUAAUGUGAUUAGUUAACGAAUAAGUAUGUUUCGGAGAUCCAAAAGUAGCUCUAACAUACCGUUACCCAAAAUCAAUUCAGCCGGUGUCGGUACUUAUAACAUAAGAACUCCUAAAGUUGGAAGAUCACGAUCUACAUCAAGACUAAGUCAAAGAGAGGGUGUUACUUUACUUCCUCAACUUCGAACACAGAGGAAGUCUUCUUUAGAUCGAAAAUCUAGUACCCUUGGUUUACUCAGAACCACACCCCUACAUAGACCAACAGCUAGUUCUGGUAGCUUGCAAAGAACAACUCCUACUUCUGCUAUUAGUCAACGGACAAGUAAUUCUCGAUGUGCCACUCCAUCAUCAUGUCGCAAGGAGCAUGUAACGAUACAAAAGCAGUCAACUGACAAGAAAUGGGUGGCAGAACAGUAUGUGAAGGUGCAAAAUUACAUAAUGUCCAGCAACCUCUUCGAUACACGUGUUGUUGAUUCAACUAACAUCAAACCUCCAUCUAUUAAUAACUUCAUAUAUGUGACUGGAGUAAUGCUUAUGGAGAUUUUCCCGAAAAUUAAAAUUAACAAAGAAACUUACAAAGAGGUGAUACCUGCAAAAUUAAAAGUGUUACGUUAUCCAGGAACUUUAAGUAACUCUGUUUUAAAGACUGUAAAUACGAUGCACUCUUGGCCACAAGUGAUAGGUAUGUGGUCAUGGCUCAUCGAUAAAGUCAAUUUAUGCAAAGACAUGGACGAUUUCUCCUUUACUGAUCAUUUGGAACCGGAAGAGAGGAGAAAAUUCCUUUUGAAACAGAAUGCUGAGGAUUUUUUGGUGAAGACUUACAACAUAUUUAAUAUGGGAGACAGGGAUUAUGCAGAGGACAUCGAACAAACUAACAAAUCCUAUGUGAAUAACUUGGCGGAAUUGCUCGAAGUAGAUUAUGAGCAAUUCAAACAUCUUCAGGACGAUGUGGAGAAAAAGAGAGAAUACAAAAAUAAACAAGUGCAAGAUAUAGAAAAUUUGAAGACGGAAAAUACGAAUAUGGAAUCGGAAAUAGAGCAAAUGAAGAAGGAGUGCGUAGACUUUGAAGACAACGACCUGAUUGAAGAGAAACAAAUAGAAAACGAGCUUCAACUUCUACAGCCCAAGCUGAAGGAGCAACGUAACAAGAUAGAGUCCACUAAAGAGAAAGUUUCUGCUUUGCAAGAGGCCAUAAAGGUGCAGCCAUGCACAUAUCAAGAAAAACUGGCUCUUUUGCGACAGAUUGAUGAGCUGAAGAGGGACGUUCAAAUGAAAAAGGAAAAACUCGAGUAUGCUCGUGAAAUUAAGUAUAAAUUCGACCACCAACUCACAAUGGAUAUCAGUAAGAUACAAUCUUUGGUUGGCCAAUGGAACUGCUCGCUUAUGGAACUAUCCAUAAAAAAAUCAUAUUUAAAUAAACUGCUGCUGCGAGAGAAGGGAUUUCACGAUCCCGCCUUCUUAAUGGAACUUAAAGAGGUAUUGGAUUAUAAAGACAGCGUGGAGAAGGAGGUGGCGGAAGCGCUGGUUAAGGUUGAAAAUGAUUUAAUAACGGAAAUGGAGAAAAUUCGUGAAGUUGAAAUGGAAAUUUGUGAGUUUAAUGAAUUUGUUUGUCGAAUCAACGAAGACUGCAUGGCAGUCACUGAGAAGAUAGCAGAAACUAACGAGAGUGUGAAAAAUAUUAUGGGGGCUUUAGAGGCAAACAAAAUAUCUCACGCUCAACAAAUUAAAGAAUUGCAAGAUAACGACAGUUUAGAUAUCCAAACAAAAACGAUUAGUGAUUUAGAAAAGAAGCAGGAGCACCUAAAUGUAGUAGUUAAAAAAUUUGGCCAGAAAAUGUUGAGUUUCUUUGUAGAAAUGCACAAUCAAGUUGUUACUAACCUUGGUGAGAUGGAGGGCAUACAGGGCAAACUCGUCCAGAAAAUCGAAAAGAAACAGAUGAGUAUCGUGGAGGUGCAGCAACAGAUGUUAGAGAUUUUAAAAGCUUUGAAGCGUUAGAUCUUUUAUUCGUGUAUUUAUUAUUUUUUAUUUUUGUAAUAAAGUUGUUAUAUUUUUAUAA